UCACUAUUUUAGUUAACGUUUUAUUAGGGGAAAGGACUUUGGAUAACUUUGAACAAUUUCUAGCAUCUACAAAAAAUUGAGGUCCGACCAUAAAAAUAUUUUUUAAAAAAUAAAAAUGAGAAAAUUAAUUUUAUAUACUACUCAAUUUCUGAAUAUUUUUUCAAUACCUUUUUUUAAUAUUCAGUUUUCUUUAUUAUCCCCACAAAGUCUUUUCCCUCCCAAAAAAAAUUAUAUUUUUUUUUCUUUAAUUUUCUCAUUUUCUUUUAAUGUCUUCUCUAGGGAAAUGAACACACACCGGGAAUGGAAAGGAAGGAAAAUAAUAAGAGUUUUCUGGAAAAUUAGAAUUUUUUUUUGGACAUUUUUCUAG